UUGUGGACGGAUGGUGUUGGAUGCCUUGAUGAAGAUUAAGAAUGAAUGUGAUGGUUCCCUCACAUUUCGUAGAUCAUGCCGUGAGGGGAUAUGUGGGUCAUGUGGAAUGAAUAUCAAUGGGAGCAACAAGUUAGCAUGCCUCAGUUUUAUUGAUCAGAACUUAAAAAAGCCAACCAUAAUAUAUCCUCUUCCACACAUGUAUGUCAUUAAAGAUCUUGUGGUUGACAUGAACCAUUUCUUUAAACAAUAUGCUUACAUAGAGCCAUGGCUAAUGAGGAAAGAAGAUGAACAAACAUACUGUGGUAUACAGUAUUUGCAGUCUCAACGAGAUGCUAAAAAAAUGGAAAAUCUCUAUGAAUGCAUUUUGUGUGCCUGUUGCUCUACGUCAUGCCCUUCGUACUGGUGGAAUGGCACUAAAUUUCUGGGACCAGCAGCACUCCUGCACGCAUAUAGAUGGAUAAUUGAUUCACGUGAUGAAUACAUUGAACACCGACUGAGAAGACUUAAUGAUAGUUAUUCUGUUUUUCGAUGUCACACGAUCAUGAACUGUACUGUUGCAUGCCCUAAGCACCUGAAUCCUGGCAAAGCAAUAGCUGAAAUCAAAAAACUUCUAGUUGGACUCAGCAAGAAGGAGGAAGCAGAUAUGCCCCCAGCAAAACUGCGUAAGGAGUAA